GUGGGCCCUGCGGGGGGGGGGUCCGGGGGGGGGGCUGGCGGUCCGUGACUGGAGUGGCCGUGACGCGCCCUUUUUUCCAUUUGCUUUGGCAGGAGAUUAGGAAAGGCUCUUCCUGCCCCCCCCCCGCCGCCGCCGCCUCCUUCGCCCCCCAUAAAUAGCCCGGGAGCCGCGGACGGACACAGAUCUAGGAUCCCGAGCUGCACGCCCCGGAGUCGCUCCUCCCGCACCAUGUUCUCCAGCCGAACGGAGGGAGCCCGCAGGGGACGGUCCUUCGACUCCAUGAACUCCAGCUUCGAGGAGAACCAGCUGAAUAACGAGUUAAAUAAGUCGAAUUACACAAUGGUUGAAGACAAUAAAGAGAACAAAGACAAUUCAGCUGAAAGAGGUAGAGCGGCUGUUAUUUUUUCCUUAAAGAAUGAAGUUGGAGGACUUGUAAAAGCACUAAAACUCUUUCAGGAGAAACAUGUGAAUCUGAUGCACAUCGAGUCCCGAAAGUCAAGGCGAAGAAAUUCAGAGUUUGAGAUCUAUGUGGACUGUGAUAGUAACAUGGAACAACUGAAUGAGAUCUUCCACCUGCUAAAAUCCCAUGUCAAUAUUGUAUCCGUGAACCCCACAGAUAAUGUCACUGUGCAGGAGGAUGACAUGGAGAAUACCCCCUGGUUUCCUAAGAAGAUCUCAGAUUUGGAUAAAUGUGCAAACCGUGUUCUGAUGUAUGGGUCUGAAUUGGAUGCCGACCAUCCAGGUUUCAAAGACAAUGUCUAUCGUAAGAGGCGAAAAUAUUUUGCAGACCUAGCUAUGAACUACAAACACGGUGAGCCAAUCCCCAAGAUUGAAUUCACUGAGGAGGAGAUCAAGACUUGGGGCACUGUAUUCAGAGAGCUCAACAAACUCUACCCAACUCAUGCCUGCAGAGAGUACCUUAAAAACUUACCCUUACUCACGAAAUACUGUGGGUACCGAGAAGACAAUAUCCCCCAGCUGGAAGAUGUAUCGCACUUCCUGAAAGAGCGCACAGGUUUCACCAUCCGUCCAGUUGCCGGAUAUUUGUCACCCAGAGAUUUCUUGGCAGGCUUAGCAUUCAGAGUUUUUCACUGCACUCAGUAUGUUAGGCACAGCUCGGACCCUCUCUACACCCCAGAGCCUGAUACCUGUCAUGAACUGCUGGGUCAUGUCCCACUCUUGGCUGAACCCAGUUUUGCUCAGUUCUCCCAGGAAAUUGGCCUGGCAUCGCUUGGGGCAUCAGAUGAGGCUGUUCAAAAACUGGCAACAUGCUACUUCUUCACCGUGGAGUUUGGUUUGUGUAAGCAAGAGGGACAGCUAAGAGUCUAUGGGGCUGGUUUACUUUCUUCAAUCAGUGAGCUCAAGCAUGCUCUCUCUGGCAAUGCCAAAGUCAAGCCCUUUGAUCCUAAGUUGACCUGCAAGCAAGAAUGCAUCAUCACAACUUUCCAGGAAGUCUACUUUGUUUCUGAAAGUUUUGAAGAAGCAAAGGAAAAGAUGAGAGAGUUUGCAAAAACAAUCAAGCGCCCGUUUGGGGUAAAGUACAACCCAUAUACGCAAAGUGUGCAGAUCCUGAAAGACACCAAGAGCAUUGCAAGUGUGGUGAAUGAGCUGCGUCAUGAACUGGACAUUGUCAGCGAUGCCCUCAACAAGAUGGGCAAGCAGCUGGGCAUCUAACUCAGCCAAUCCUCAGCACUUGCACUCAGCAGCUCUGGGUUUUUUUGUCCUGUUCUAGGCAUGAAGAUACCUGUUAGGUGCUAUAUAUAGAAACCUCCUCUCUAAUAACAGAAGAAUGAAUGACUAGUUGGGAUAGUUACUUUAACUUGCAUGUUUCUCUACUUAACACCCUUUGCCCUUACAAAAUGUUUACGUGACCCCUCCAAUCCCCCCCACUCCAUAAACCAAUCAGGAAAGAAAUGGGCUGUAUUCAUCCUUGAGAAGCUGGUGUAUAAAUACAGAAAUCACCAUAUUGGAUCAGAACAGAGAUCUGUCUAGUCCAAUAUCCUGUUUGUGACAGUGGCUAGGGCAGGCUACUUCAGAAAAAGGUGCAGGAAACCCUGUGGUAGACAGCUAUGUUCAUCAGGAGAAAGUUGCAGUGGUACAGGCCUUCCCCCCCAGAAGGGGAUCUGUACUGAUUUGGGAAACGAUGUGAAUGGGAGAUGUACUGAUUCUGAACAUCCCCAUUGGGUGGCAGCCUCUGUUUGCAACAUAAAGCUGCUGAAUGAAAUCCUGACUCCACUGAAGUCAAUGGGAAUUUUGCUAUUGACUUUAAUGGGGCCAGGAUUUUACCUGUUGUCCCGGGAGUAGCAUUUGAGGGAGGCCAGUAUUGGUAACACCACCUGCCCUCUGCCUUGGGGAAUGAAUCCCACUAAGAUCACGGCAAGCCAUGCUGGUGCAGGGAGCUAUAGUUUACACCUCUCUAAUUCAGCUGGGAAGAAUGUAGACCUAUGUCUAAAAGCAUUUUGAAAUGGCAUUUCAGUAUCCACAAUAGCCUUACAAAGGUGAUGGAGCCCAGUUCUUAAAUAGCCACUGUCUAGUAUCAGUUUAUAGGGAAAACAAAAGUCCCUCUGAUUACUCAUACGCAUCAUUGACCUUUCAAGAUGCAUUGUGAUAUAUCCCAAUUCUCUUCUGUAGGGCCUGAUCCUGAGGGGCACUGAGCACCUUGAAUAUCCAUUGAGGCCAAUGGGAAUUGAGGGAUAUGUUUUUGGCAGGAUGAGGCCCUAAAUCUUUGUAGCUCAUAGGUGUGUUCAAAGAUCCUGUAAUGAAAAAGAAAUCUGUUAUCCUCUAAAUAGAAUUCCGCUGAUGUGGGAAGCAAAGUCAUGUGGAACUGGCAACAUGAAGCAGUAGUGAACUCUCCCGUUUUGUAACUGUUCAAGCAUUGUGGAUGUUUGCACUUAGUCACCCAGGGAUAGUUUCUGCUCACUCUUAGAAGCUGCUCACUCUUAGAAAUUAAUGUCUAUAGAUUAAAUAAAUACAUUAAAAGGAUAUUAUCAAUUUUAGUAGGAAAUCUGUGAAAGGCAGGCAGACUUUUUAGCAUGCUAAGAAUUGAACCUUCACUACUCCAGGUGAUAGGAGAAUGUAGCUGUAAAUAUCUGUAUAUUCACUGGAAUAAUGGGAUAAAAUCAUGGCCAUAUUGAAGUCAAUGGCAAAACUCCCAUUGAUUUGAAUAUAGCUAGGAUUUCAUCCCUGGAUUCCUAAAAACAGGGUGUAAGUGAGACUUAAAUAUUGCAAAUGUUCAUGCUCACCCUCUGCAUAGCGGUAAAUUUUACCCCAAUAGACCAUAUAGGCCACAUACAUAAUGAACAUCUUAAAAUAUGCUAUAUUAAGAGAGACCUAAUUUAAAAUAUUUUUUUCCUUUUAAAAUCAAAUCUGGAUGACUUUUUUUUUAAACAUUUAGAAAGUCAGACCAUAUUUUUGAUAAAAAUUCAUUUGACUUCUUAAAUUACACUUCAAAAUAACCUUUGGGAACCUCAUGUUUUUAGAGAAGAAUCUAUUCAGUUUAAACAAGUGAUAAGUGUGGAUCUGUUUUGUCUGCUUAUGUAGUAAUGGUUAGUGUUAAUAUAUUAUUUGCAAAAAGUAUUGGAUUUUUAUAUUUUCAAAUUAUAAUCAGAAGAUUGUAAUAAGUGUUAUUUCAAAUCUUAAAUCUGUAUUAUGUACAAAUUUCAAUAGGAAACAUUGGACCUAUUAAAUUUCUGCUAGUACCUAGAUUUAAUAAUUCUAGUGUUUUGUGAUGGGGAAAUUCUAUCUGUAUUAAAUGAUGCAAAGAUAGGAAAAUGCUAAGUUAACAUGUUUCAAGUGAUGUCUUUUCAGGUUAUAACCACAUUUGUAUUUGGUUUUACCAUGUCCAAACCUGCUGGCUAUGUAAAACAGUAAUAUAAAUGUAAGUUUUUAAAAAAUAUUGUGGAUACUUUAAAUGAUUAAAAAUUGAUGAAUUGUUAGCAUGAAAAUCAAUGUAAAAACAAAAAUCCCUAACUCUACAGCCAAGCAAUAAACAUGACUACUUGUGAUUUAUGGA